CAUCUUUCAGUAAUGGCUAUCAACACGGAUGCUGCCUUUGGAAAAAGCGCCCUCGGCGAAAGGGAAGUUUCUCUUCUCUCCGACUUCCAGGACACGGAGAAACUGCUAAGCACCACGACCGCCGAGCCCACCGGGCAGACUAACAUCAAGCCGUCCGACUCCUUCUCUCUCAACAUCAGAGGGAGUGUCCGGUCCCUGGAUGCGGAUCAGAACGGACACAGGUCGCCGCUCAAAUCGGGUUCCGUCGGGCAUCUGGCGGCCCCACCCAAAUCCUCCUCCCGGCUCAGCCUGGGGCCCCUGCCCUCUCCGGUGCCACCCGGAUCCGAACCUCCAAGUUAUCUCUGGCUGGCGGUACUGUCCUGUUUCUGCCCUGGCUGGCCCUUCAACAUCUGUGCCUUGUGGUAUGCACAUGUGUCGAAGACUGUUCUCCAUACAGGAGACAUUGAAGGAGCGAGGAAAUAUGGGCGUCUCGCUAUGCUGCUAAGCUGUUUCGCCAUGGUGUUGGGUGUGGCUGCCAUCAUCUUCACAGUUUUCACAAUAGAGACCCAGAAGUGAUCUGUGGGAUGGAAGCAGUUGUCUCCAAAAAUUACAGUAUCUUUUAACUUCAUUUGAUCACAAAAUUGCACAGAAGAGAGUGGAGGAUAAAUGCUAUUUGAAGAUGAAAAAAGCACAAAAUCACCAAAGAGAAAGAAACAAGCCAAAGAGACCUUAACUUAUUACUUGUUGUUAUUUCUGCUACGGACUAAGGAGAGAAAACGCAGACCAAUUUUGCCUUUUUUUCUGGAAGAAGCAUGUGCAACCCCCUCGCCCCAAACUCAGGAAAAAAUGGGAUGAAGGAAAACGGAGGCUGCACCCAGUGAUUGUGUGGGACCAUCACAUUCAGUGGAGCCAGUGUAACUAUCCAUAAUCCAAAUGCAAGGUGCAUCGAUACUCGCAUGGCUUGGGUUCAGUAGGUACUCACACUGAUUAUCAGUGAAGGCCACAGAUACCAAGGACCAAAUACUUUCUAUACAAUUGGCAUUAAGAUGUUGCUUAUUUAAAUAGACAAAUCACACCAUUAGAUGGGAAGAUGCAAUUUGAUUGUAUCAUGUUUGUUUGUCAUGAUACUCUAAAGUAGGAGUUUUCAAACUGUUUUUACACUCUGGACACCCAAUUAACCUUCAAUAAGCUGCAGACGCCCAUUUGAAGUGAUUUUGGCCUAUAGAGACCCUUAUAUCAAGAGAAAUUUUUGUGUUCAGUAUGCUGCAUUCAGAUGCCUUGCACAAGCAUUUAAAAUAAGCUUUAUUUUUUAAUAUAGCACCCUUAAAACGGCCUUACCUCAUUUUAAUGAUUUGAAAUAUAGUUUUCUUGAAUUUUUUUAAAACAUCUGCUAAUUUUCUGGCCAUUUUUCUGGUAAUUUCUUAUUCAUGUUUCCCUCAUGUUUUUCAAAUAAAUCGAGUGAAUUUGUGCAGGUUCCAAAGGGUGAAAUUGUUAAGACGUCAUAAUUGAACACUGACAAAUCAUGGUGAAAUUAAAUGAGAAAGAAGAAAAUGUGCAGACAUUCGCUGCACUGAAGCAGUUUCAAAUGAAUCAAAUUAUACUGAAAUUAAGGGAUUCCUCAUUUUGCUGUGGACCCUCUGAAAGUCCCUCAAAGAUCCCUGGGCGUCCCUGAACCCCACUUUGAAAACCAAUGUUCCACAGAAUAAAGUAGGAUGGCCAAAACUGUCAACAUCAAGAGAGGGACUAAAAUUGGUCCUUGGUAUCGGUGAACAAAUACUCAUUCAAGUAAAAAAAAAAAAAAUAAUGGUAUCAGUGCACCUCCAGUAAAGUGUUUAGCUAUCACUCUGCUGUCCCGUCAGUGCCUGUCCUGUUUGUCUUCAGAUUUGCAGCAAAGUCUUUUAUAAUACAGGAUGAACGGUGUCUCUUUUCCCCUGUUUCUGUGAGUAAUGGCACUCCGUGGCUGUGGGAAGCUCUCUAAGCUGACUUCAUACACUGUUUACGUCUGAGUUUAAAAAUCGUGUAAUGAAUGUGUACGAUUACCACACCACCAUGUUCCUGUUGCAGUUAUGGCUUGACAGCUUGCUUUGCGUGGUGACGAUGUAACAGAUCAUACUGAACAAAUUGCUGUUCAAACUCUCCUGAACUGCCUUGAUCUCUAAACCUCAUUAGUUCACACUAUACUGCAAGAUAUGAAGGGAUGUUCCCUUGUAUGCACUGUUCUUGGCACUCUGAUGUUGAUGUUUUUACAUUUAUACUGUA